AUUAAUGAUAUAACUGCAUUAGCAUAAAGCAUUUAGUGUUGGUGGGAUUAUUUUCUGGGCUGAAAUAUUGAUUAGAGUCAUGUAAAUGUAGUAGAUUCUUAGAAGACUUAUCACAAAAUCAAGAUGAAGCUUGAGGCUUACUUAAGGGUUAGUAUUUUCCACAAAAAUUGAGGAACUACUACAGCAUUGUUAUAUUACCUGCUCUGAAAGGUAGCCUAGAAAUUUAAGGUUUUUGGUGACAGCUGAGUUCCAGUUUUGCAAUUGUGAAUGGCUCCUGAGUAUGCCUGGAAUCCUACUCCAUCCUCCCCCUCUCUGAUUGGCUUUGCAAAGCAAAUAGAGUAUAACAAUAGGAGUUCUGGAAUGCUCCUGUGUGUUUGUAUUAUUGUUAACUCUUAUCCUCUCUUUUCAGAGACAAGAGAUUAAGUUAAAACUAGAUGGGAAUCUUCAAAGGAUGUAACAGGAUUUCCCCCCUCUCCCCCCACCCCAACACUGACCUUCAUACCUUCCCAGGCAGGAAGUUUUCCGUGUGUGUGUGUGUGUGUGUGUGUGUGUGUGUGUGUGUGUGUGUGACAACAUGAUGGGGCAGGUCCAUCAAUGGGGAAAACCCCAUGGGAGAACACGCCUUUUGUGUACAUUCCCAAUAUUUGCUAUAAGUAGUGCCAUCUCAGUCCCAGGUUGCUAUCAGAACACCACAACACCCCAGGGAACUGGGUACCCACUACUGAGCACUUCUAUUCUUUGAGCUGAAAAUGAUGGGCUAUAGCAAGAUUUUGCUCCUGGCUGCUUUGAUGUCGUCAGUGCUGCUAUUCCACUUCUGCAGCGAGACCGAAGCAGCAAGCUCCUUCGAUUGCUGCCUUCGAUAUACAGAACAAGUCAUUCCCAGCAGAUUUAUCAAGGGCUUCACACAGCAGUGGGCCAAUGAUGCUUGUGACAUCAAUGCAGUCAUCUUUCACACAAAGAAAGGGUUGGCUGUGUGUGCAGAUCCAAAGAAGAAAUGGGUGAAACAUGUUGUGCACGUCCUCAGCCAAAGAGUCAAGAGGAUGUAAAAACAGAUGCUCUUUGGAAUGAAAUUGGAUACAGGCCAAAAAC